AUGAAUAAUAAUAAUAAUCAUCAACAAGAGUUAUUUCCAAGAUUGUUCAAAAAUGUGAUUAUACAAAGAUGUAUAUUUUAUCACUUGAAAGAAGUAUGCAACAUACACAACAAGAAGACUCACAACAACUACAUUGAUCGAGUGACUUUUAAAAGAACAAGUGAAAAAGAUAAGAAUGGACCUUUAAAAGUGUAUAGAUGGAACGAACUAAAAGAUAAUAUCGAUCAGUUGUCAAGACAUGGUUACGUUGAUCAAAUUAAAAAGAUUAUUGCCUAUCAAGAACAAGUCGUCUAUCCAAAGUAUCGUUGGACAAAACAAGGAGAUGAUAUACCUUACACGCCUCAUUAUAUGACCAUCAUCAAUUUCAUAGUCAGAGACGGUCACUUUGAUUAUAUUCAAGAGAUUUGGAAGAGGUUGUCUAGACACUUGCCCGAAAUACCGUACUCUAUCAUUUGGUACGCUGUAUACUAUAAUCAAACUAAAAUCUUCAAGUGGGCAAUGGAGCAAUCAAAAGAAGAAGAAUAUAAAGUCGUCAAUGAUUCUAUAGAUAUGUCUAGUUUGUUUAAACCCAUUAAAUAUGGUAUUCAAGUAGAGAAACAACUAAACAAUCGUGAUGAAAUCAUUGAUUAUCUACCAUUUGAAACGUUUUCAAAUUUGGCAGAGAUUUGGCCGACCUCUAUUACAAUACAAUCAUCAGAUCUACGAUCAAGAGUGUAUAAAUACAUCUCUUUAAAUCUUGCCAAAAACAAACGGUUAGAGACACUUUUGUCAAGAUUAAUUAUCAAUGCAGUGCAACUAGGAGACAAUGACCUUUUUAAAACGAUUCAAAAAAAUCAUCAUUAUAGUGCUCAUAAUGAUUUAUUUAAUUUUCAAGAACUAAUGUGCGAAGCUGCUUCAACUGGUAACUUGGUAGCGCUCAAGAAUUUAAUAGAAACAAAUACAAACAUAUUUAAAAAUAUCAUGAUUAAAGUAUUGGAUAAAGCAGUAGGCAAAGGUCACCUUCAUAUUGUAAAGUUCCUCGUACCUGAAUAUGUAUCAUUUUGUACUCAAACUACUAUUCAAAUGGCAAUUGAAAAUGGAAAUAUAGAAAUGGUAAUCUAUUUAUUGGGAAAUAAAAACCAAGGAUUCUCAAAUAAUACUAUUUACUACACAAUUGAUCAUAAUCGUACCGAUUUAUGCAAAGUACUUUUGGCUGCUAAUUCAAUAUUUAGAAAUCCAUUUGACAUAGAGGAUAUUGCCAGAAGAUCAUUGCAACAAGAUAGAAAAGAGAUAUUCGAGAUUAUCAAGGCUAGACUUAAGAUUGGUUUACCAAAAGGCCUAAAAAAUUUCAAGUUUAGAAACAAUGAUAUACUCGAAUACGUAUAUCGAAUCAAGAAAGAAGAAGGUGAUGAAUCAUCAGUAGAAUACUUGUUGUUUUCAAAUGCAAUUCCCAUGAACUUGCAAGAGUCUAUUGAAAUGAUCGAUCGAGACUAUCCACAUUUCCUCAAAAACUCGAUAGAAAUCAAGAUCGAUGAUCAAAAACCAUCACUUGAAACAAUUCAAUUCUUGUUGGCUAGAAUGGAUAAACCAAACUACGAUAAUCUCUUUGAGAGGGCAAUACGUAUGGAUGACGAUACUUGUCUAAAGAUACUCGACUUUAUGUACCAACGAUUUGGAGAAACUUCCAUUUUACAAAUCAACAAGAUUCAAAAUGUAUUUAAAUCAGCAGCGGUCAAUCGUGGUGUAUCGGUACUUCAAUAUCUAUGGGAUAGAUUUCAAAGUAAUUUAACAGUGACUGUUCAAAUGAUUUCAUUAGCAAUCAAACCAAAACAACAUAACCUCAUUUGGCUAUUUUCACACGUUCAAGACAUGGAUCCCUCCUCAUCCUCUUACUUUUCAGGAAAAACAUUUAAUUUUGAUUUUAAAGAGAUGGCUAGGUUGGGAUAUUUGUCAACUAUUAAAUGGAUUGUCGAGAAUGGGCACCAUCGGUCCAUCCCAAAGCUCCAAAUACAACCAACAUCACUUGACCUUGGUAACAAGUCGGUUAUCGAAACCACUAGAUUACUCUUUGAGAAUGGUAUCAUUGAUGCUGUUCCUCUGUCCCAAAGACCAUAUUCAAAACGUUUGGAUCCAGACCUCUUUCUACUCCUCAUCGACAUGGGAGUUUCUCUUUCACCCUUGAUAAAAUAUUACAGAUACUCGUUUGAACAUUCAGGUAUCCUUCGAUUAAUUUAUUUCAAUUAUAAUAAAAUUGAUAAUAGAGCCAUCACUACAAAUGUAUCUGACCCAACCCUCGUCGGACUAUUAUCGACUAAUAUCAAAAACAUAGCUAAUGUUGGUAGAGUAGAGAGGUUGUUGUCAAUGCCAUUAUCAUUAUUUACUGUUGUCAUGACAUUAUAUGAAACAAUAUGGUGUUUAAAAGCUCAUGGCGAUUGUAGUUUCACUGUUGUUGAUGUAACUGGUUACCAAUUAACGGUCAAAGACGAAACUGAUAAGGCUGUUGAUUAUUGUUUGGUUGAUGAUGAUAUUGAUUAUUAA